AAAAAUGUUUUUGCAGGUUUGGAGAAUAAGAAAAAGAAUAUGAUUCUAUCUGGGCUUAUCCAUAUGACAGUUUCAUGUAUUCUACUCGACAUUGGGUUUACGCUCGAAAAUGUGAAAAGACAGCAUUUUUCUGAAAACAGAUUUAAAAAUGUUAGCAAUAAAAGCAUUGUACAUGACACCAUCAGUACCAGAAAAGUGACUAAAUCUGACUCAGAAUUCAAUGAUGUGACGAGAAGAAUACAAUUAGCUCAAGACGGCCAAAAUAUCGUUCUGCAUGAUAAAUUAGCUGUUAAUUAUCCUCAAAUUAUUCGUGGUGGAAUCGUUACUCUCAAAGAAGUAACUGAAUCUGUGCUAGAUGUCAUAGAACUUUCCAAACAUGACACUACAACUAUGGCAUUUAAAAGAGAUCCUUUCAUUGAUGAAACUCCAGCAAUGGGGGCUAAAAAAUCUUCUACUGCUAAAGAUGGCAUUACAGUUACCGUGAAUGAAAAUGAACCCACUAUUAAAGAAUCUACUCCUAGGGUGGAUGAAAAUGAUCCCACUACAGAAGGAUCCAAAGCUAUGUUGGCUGCAAAUGAAUCCACUACAGAAGGAUUUGCCACAACAUUGGAUGAAAAUGAACCCACUGCUGAAGGAUCUACAGCUACGGUGGAUGAGAAUGAAACCACUAUAAAAGAAUCUACCACUACAGUUGAUAAAAAUGUACCUACUAUAGAAGGAUCUACAGCUACUGUGGAUGAAAAUGAACCCCCUAUAAAAGGAUCCACAAAGUUAGAUGCAAAUGAAUCCACUACAGAAGGAUCUAUAGCUACAUUGAAUGAAAAUGAACCUACUUUAGAAGGAUCUAUAGCUGCAUUGGAUGCAAAUGAAUCCACAAUAGAAGGAUCUACCACUACGGUGGAUGAAAAUGAACCCACUAUUGAAGUAACUACCUCUACCAUGAAUGAAAAUGAAUCCACAAUAGAAGGAUUUACAGUUAGGGUGGAUAAAAAUGAUCCCAAUACAGAAGGAUUUAUAGCUACAGCUACGGUGGAUAAAAAUGAUCCCACUACAGAAGGAUUUACAGCUACGGUGGAUAAAAAUGAUCCCACUACAGAAGGAUUUACAGCUACGGCGGAUAAAAAUUAUCCCACUACAGAAGGAUUUACAGCUACAGAGAAUAAAAAUGAUCCCACUACAAAAGAAUAUACAGCUACAAUGGAUGAAAAUGAACCCACUACAGAAGGAUGCAAACCCACUAAAAAUGAAUCUUCAUCUAUGAAAGAAAAGAAAGAUCCAACUACAGACGCAAUCUUAACUGUAAUUGAUGAAGAAGAAGCCACCAAAGCUGUAAUUCAUGAAAAAGCUUCCACCAAAGAUAAGACCAAACCCGCCAAAGAAGUAGUAGAGGAACAGGAAGAUAAUGACGUGUUACCAGAAUUAAUCAAAAAUAAAAUAAAUAUUACGACUUCAGAUCAAGGUGCAUUAAAUUCUAGUCCGGCUCCGUCCAUGCCUGAAUAUAUUCAUACAGACGAGUUGACAACUAUUUCUCAAGAUAGAUCGAUAGUUGUCAAUCAAAAACCACCAAAGAUAAGUAUACUGAAGGCAAACUUUUUUCAAUCUGAAAAAUUUGAUUUUUCGAAAAAUUCUAAAACAUUAAUGCCAAAAAGUGUAUUUGAAACUAUCGAUAUCCCUGCUGUGAUUACACCCUCUUCAACAACUGUUUUACCGUCAACCACAACUGUACCUGAAACCCAACAGCAAAGUUCAAACAAGAAAAUUUAUAAUAAAUGUUGCCAGGAGAGACAAGUUGUUCACUUAGAACGCGGAGGUGUUCCUUAUUGUGAGAGGUUACAUGGUGUUGAGCUGCCAUUACUUCAACCUCCUUCACAUUCAGAGGUAUCUGGAUGGGGAGCAGGAUUGAUGAGUAUACCAGUCUGUAUAAACUCUUCAUUAAGUGUUCUUCAGGAAAUUAUGUCGUUAUUGUUAAAUUUAAUUAAGUACAGGGACUCAGUAAACGUAAUUUCAAUUGAAUCUCUAUUAUAGAGUGGCAUGUCUGGA